AUGUUCGAUGGUAUCAAGAUCGCGGCAAGCGGUGAGCUUGGGGUCGGAGUAGGAGAGGAAGAGCGUGGUAGCGGUGAGAGAGAGGUCCUUGAAGGCCUCGUCGGCAGAAUUGAGGGCCUUGUCGACCUCGUUGUUUCCAAAUAUGGCUCAUAUGACCCAGAUGCUGCGACAGGCGUUGAAGCUGAGCAGUGGCUAGGGACUGGCAAUGAACCAGGCGCUGAGGAUGGAUCCAUCUUUCUCGGUGUCGGAGCUCUAUCAAAGCACUCCUUGCGCGAUGUCGUUCACUGGAUGGAUGACUUGUAUACAUGGGGCGAGAAUGCUUACGGUGUUAUCGAUAGUCCGACAUCGACGCGACAGACACGGAAACCUAAGAAGACUAAGGCCACUUCGCAGCGGAAACCCACUACGCAACAAGCCGGAAGCGCUGAUGAGACUGCACAAUCUACAUCUUCGAAUCAAGGACCAAAAGAACAAGGGGGCUCGGAAGACCCCGCUGUCAGCAGCGAUGUCUCUUCGGCUUCAGGAGUAGAAGAUGCUGACGCCGGAGGAAUAGACAAGUACGUGGAAUACCUUAAGCUGGGAUAUGGAAAGUACUGGAGCCUAGGAUCCGGUGGUGGCAAUGAUGGAACGAAAUUGAAACCCCCAGCCGCCGCGUUGGCAAAGAAAGAUGCCAACGAGGUCGAGGCCUCAUCCGGUGGGCAUGAAUCAAAGCCAGACAGUGCAGCAGGACAUUUUCUCAUUGGUCUGACGGGCGAGGUUGAAGAAGACGCGUACGAGGAUAUUGAAGACAGUCGAUUUCACGAUAGCCUCGACGAGGCUGAAUAUAACUCCCGGACUAUGCUCCGAACAGUGACAGUGGAGCUCGAAGGUGUAGGACUGGAUCGUUCAGAUUCACAGAAGGUAUUGGCGUUCGGCAGCAGGGAAACCGAAGUUGCAGAACAGGGAGCUGGAGAUCGUGGAGAUAUCCCCGAGUCGAUCACAGCGACCUUUCAAAGCCAGGACAGCAACAAGACGCACAAACUCCGAGUCGUAGUCUAUGUCAACAAGCCAUUCAUUUUCACGUUCUUAUUUAAAUUACGGACCGACUCGCUUGCUUGGGAUGGACUGUAUCGAUCCUUGCAUCACCAGUUAUCACCCUUACGCAAACCCCUGGGUAAUUCCACUACAUAUCGACCCGGGAGACCCGACCAAGGCGCCACGGCAGCACAGAUUUAUGAUCUUAUAUGGGAUGCCAAGAGUCUGACGCUGCAUUCAACCAUCCCCAACAUUCCUGAACCAGGAAUGAUCCAGGCCCACGAGCCGACUGCAUGGUCACGAGUGGAGGCCCUCAACACGCACAUGCAGAUUCUUAAUGUUUAUAUUGCAGCGAAGUCAGAUGCCUCAGAGCUCGAGAGAACGUGCAAGACUAGCCGAGGCUGGUGGGUCGUUUGGAACCGGAUUCUAGAAAAGGAGCAGGACAGCUCACCUGAUGAGCUGGGUGGGAGAAACAGUCCGAGCUUAGAGAGUGAGGAGGGUGGCUCGAAUGAAGAGGACACCAUCAAGCCAACACAUCACGACCAUACCGUCAGCAAGGAAAUAUUCCUCAUCCGCAAAGCAAGUGAUCAUGGUGGCUCUCACGUUAGAGCCGUGAGUAUGGGUGGUGGUUGGGCGGACGGUGCCAGUCGAUUGGCGCAAGGCAUUGGCGUAGAUACAAGGAAAUACAUCGAGGGUCUCCUGACUCUCAAUCGUUAA